CUUGUUCAACACUACAAUUUGUCUUUUCCAUUUCUCUGAUCUUCAACCUUGAAUUCUUCAAACCAUUUGCCUCGAGACGCCGCCAGCACUGGUUAUUCGUUAAUAUCGGCUGUGAAACUUUGGUUUUUGUCAGUGUCAAGCUUAAUGUAUAAAUAUCUCGACAUCUGAAUUUAUGAAAUGGGACUUGUGCGGAAUCCGAAUAUGAGAAGUGGGGAUAUGUUGGAAGGAAUGCUCAGCGAUUAUGUUGGAGGAAAGGCAAAGGCCAAGGCUCCAAAAAAUGCCUCGUCUCGGCUUGUGACAGCUCUUACCUGCCUGCAGUUUGCCUUUGCAGUGUAUGCAACAUUCCUUUUGUACUACAUGAGUCCAGCAAUAGACUUAAGAACCAAACCGGAUUUUGCUUGGGCCACAAGGAUUGCAAGAAACAUGAAACAGUUCAUCAUCCCACCGCAUGUUCUAGGGCGCUACCAAGAGGCCGCUUCUUUCAUCCGAGCUGAAAUCCCUCCGAUUACACCAUCCACAAUUUGUGAGACCGAGAAGCUUGAUUUCAUGCAGAAGAAGUCCAAUGAUGUUCAAAUGAUCAAGUUGAAGAGAGAGUUGUAUGAUGAAAUACUGGAUUUCCAAAGCAAAACUAUUGGCACUGAAACUCUAGCUCAGCUAAUGGCAAUGAAAUCCAAGUGGGAUAUUCGCGGUCCGAACAAACCGAAAGUGACAGUGCUCUUGAACCAUUUCAAGAGAAAAACACUUUGUGCUCAGCUUGAUUCAUUGCUUCACCAGACACUUCCAUUCCAUCAUGUUUGGGUGAUUUCAUUUGGAAGUCCAAAUGAGCAAUCUCUAAAGAGAAUCGUCGAGACCUACAACGAUUCUAGGAUCAGCUUCAUUAGUUCAAGCUAUGACUUCAAGUACUAUGGCAGGUUUCAAAUGGCUUUACAAACUGAAGCUGAUCUUGUAUAUAUCCUUGACGAUGACAUGAUUCCGGGUAAAAAAAUGCUACAGAUUUUAUCUCAUGUAGCUGGAACUGAAAAGUACAAGAACUCUGUUUUGGGCAGCAUAGGAAGGAUCUUGCCUUUUAGACAAAAGGAUUUCACAUUCCCGAGCUACCGGAAAUUCCGAUCGAAGGAGGCAGGGCUUUACUUGCCUGACCCUGCCUAUGAUAUUACAGUCGAUAAAAUCGUGCAGGUCGAUUUUCUCUCUAGCUCCUGGUUUUUAUCUUCCGAGCUUGUCAAGUCACUUUUCAUUGAGACACCUUUCACAUUCAUGACUGGUGAAGAUCUUCACCUCAGUUAUCAACUUCAGAAGUAUAGAAAUGCAGGCUCAUUUGUUCUUCCAGUUGACCCUACUGACAAAGAAACAUGGGGAGAUAGUGAACACAGGCUGGCUUAUGUGUCGGAAACAACGGUGAUUUUCAAGGACAUAGUUCAAGUUAGAGAUGAUCAAUGGUGGAGGGCACUAAGUGCUGGUUAUGUAACUCAGUGGGCUGCAAUGUACCCUCAAAAGAUCGAUGCUCUCUUAUACGCUCACUCUCUCGAUGAGGUCAAGGCACUUGCACCGCUGCUCGAAAAGUUCAGGUCCACUGUCGGGAAGAAGGCUUACAUUGUAGUCCCUGGAGGCAGCUUCUGCCCUUGUGAAGAUGCUGCUGCAGCAUUGAACUGGCCAAAGUUGGUUUGUAGAGAGCGAAGAUUUAAGAUUUUUGAUUUGCAAAUCGGAGCACUUUCAGGAACAUCAAACUCUGAGGUCCCAGUUGUGCAAGCAGUGUACUCUAGCAUGAAAGGGUUAAUCAAAAUUCACAACCCCAGUGUGGUGAUCACUGUGACUGACAUUGAUCCCAAUGUGAAGAAAGCUCUGAAGAUGGCAACCGAGACGAAUGUAAAUGGUACUGCACUCGUACUUUUACCAAGGCCUUCGGUCUCGAAGGUUCUAUGGAUGGCUGAUCUAAGAUCAACAGCAUUGCCAAAUUGGAACCGGAUGCGGGUCUCCGUCAACAUAAUAACUCAAAACCGUGCUUCUUCCUUAACAAGGCUUCUUAAAUCUCUGAGUGAUGCAUACUAUAUUGGAGAUGAGAUUCCUAUCAGCUUCAACAUGGACAGUAAAGUGGAUGAGGCAACUAUUAAACUUGUAGAAUCAUUUGAAUGGCCUCAUGGCCCUAAAACCCUUAGAAGGAGAAUCAUUCAAGGAGGCCUCAUUAGAGCAGUUAGCGAGAGUUGGUAUCCAACAUCAGAUGAUGACUAUGGCCUGCUACUCGAGGACGAUAUCGAAGUCUCUCCUUACUACUAUCUAUGGAUCAAAUAUGCUCUCUUAGCCUACCAUUAUGACCCUCAAAUAUCACUUCCCGAGCUCUCAUCGAUCUCUCUUUACACUCCUCGGAUAGUUGAAGUCGUGAAAGAAAGGCCGAAAUGGAAUCCAACCGACUUCUUCAAACGCAUUCACCCGAACACACCGUAUCUUCACCAGCUACCUUGUAGUUGGGGUGCUGUUUUCUUCCCCAAACAUUGGAGAGAAUUCUAUGUGUAUAUGAACAUGAGGUUCACUGAAGAUGCCAAAUCAAAUCCAGUUCAAAUCCCAAAGUCUAGAACAAAUGGAUGGCAAGCUUCAUGGAAAAAGUUUCUCAUCGACAUGAUGUACCUUAGAGGAUACGUUAGCCUUUAUCCCAACUUUCCCAACCAAGCUAGCUUUUCGACCAACCAUAUGGAACCAGGGGCCCAUAUCAGUGCAAAGGACAAUGUUGUUAGGCAUGACAAGGCAGAUUUUGAAGUCCCAUUGUUGAAGGAAGAUUUUAGACCCCUUUUGCCUAAUGGAAAGAUGCCACCAACCUCCAAGCUGCCAUCACUUAACCUUUUCAAUCAACCUGUUUCAUUGAAGGGACUCAAGGCAGCAGGCGCCAAGUUGGGCCAAGAUGUGUUACGAUGCGAUAAUGCCACCGAGAUUGUGACGGUUAAUCAUAUCACCGGCCUGCCACAGCAAUGCUCGAAAUUCCAAUGAUUGAAAUCGUUGGUUUUUGGUUAUUCUUUAUUUCUUUCAUCAGAAAACGAAACUCACCAAAUGGAAUAUUUUUGUUUGCUUUUAUACUUUGAUGUUCUAUGCAAAUCAAUGAAAGCCAAAAAUGGCUACGCUGUAAAUUUUGCAUUUUCUCAUUCUCUCUGGUCUGACUUUCUGAUUUGAAGCCAAACCCUUGAAACAUA